UCAGCCUCAGUAUGCAGCGCUCGUCCUGCAUAUAUUAUGUUCAUGACGCAGCUGCAAAAAAAUGUUCAUGUAAAAACUGCAUUCAACUUUAUAAUAAGCGGAGACAGCGGGUGUGUGCGUUUCCCCCGGUAACAGUGCACCGUCCGCAGAAGAGGGAGAUGGAGGAUGAUUAAAUAUUAAUAAGAGGUGUCCCUGCUCCUCCUGGAGCCCCCUCAGCUCCUGCAGAUGUCCCCAUUGUGCGGGGCCCCGGCAGCGGCGGCACGUGAGCGAUGAGCCGCCCCGGGUCACCGGCACCGGAGCUGUGACGUCAGCGCCCGGUUACAGGUCUAGAGUUCAACAUGAGGUUCCCUGCUGGAUACCAAAAAAAAUAUAAAAAAAAAUAACAGUAGUGGAAUACUUUUUUCCGUGGGCCGCAAUGGAAGUUAUAGAAUUUGAGUAUCGACAAAGACAAGCUAUAUCUACAAGCCUAGUCACUAGCAUGCAGGAGGCGUAAGGGACGUCUAUUCCAUUAAGCACUAUGGAAGCAGGUACCCUCCAACAACAUGAUUCGCCACUCACAGUCAAUGAACAGGUAAUUGUGAUGUCUGGGCAUGAGACUAUCCGGGUUCUGGAAGUAGGUGUGGACACAACAGCACAACCAGAGGAGCCUGGAAAGGCUUUUGACACUCCAGUUCCUGAACCGGCAGUUACUAACGACUUGGCGAGAGAGACAGUGCUUUGCCAUGCGGAGAAUACGAGUGACAAGUCCAUAGUGAAGUCUUCAGCUGGACUAGUUUCACCUUCUAUCCCAACCCUCUUCACCCAUGCCGCAAGCCAGCCGCAGCCCACUUUUACUUCCUUUGCAGUACAGGCUGCUCCGCAGGUUUUGACUCAGGAAAACUUAACAGCACUUUUUACAGGAGUAAUGGCACCCACAGGGGCAGUUACUCAGCCUGUUCUUAUUCCCUUCACCAUUCCUGGUCAGAUGGCUGGCCAGCAGGGUCUGGCUGUAUGGAACUUUCCCACUGCUACAGUAGCAACUCUUCCAGGACUAACAGCCGCUGCCCCUGCUGGAGGAAUGUUCAAAUUGCCUUUAACAAACCUGCAAGCAGCUUCAGUUUUGAACACUGCCAUACAGGCCCCCAUGCAGGCAGCAUCAGCCAUCCAAACAGUUUAUCAGGCACAGCCAGCUGUCCAGGCCCAAGCUGCGCUUCAGACGACUGUCCAGCCACAGGCUACACUGCAUGCUCAGCCAACUCUACAGGCCCAAACAGCCAUGGUGUCAAGUCCUGUGCCCAAACCUGAACCUCAGACACAGCUCACUGUGCAGCCAGCAAGUUUUACCUUUAACCCAGCCAUUAUAAGUGCGGCAUCUCUAGGAGGUCAUACACAAUUGCUGAGCUCAUUGGCUGCUGCCCCUAUUAUAGCCAAUGCUAUUCCUGGAGUACAGGGUAUCACAAGCCAGAUUAUAACCAAUGCACAGGGCCAGGUUAUUGGCACUCUCCCAUGGUUGCUGAACUCCCCAGGAAUUACAGCAGGUGCUGCAACAGCUGCAGUCACUGCUCCAAACAUGAUCCAGACGGUGACGCCACAGCUUCUGUUAAAUGCCCAAGGGCAAAUUAUUGCCACUCUGGCUAGCAACGCCAUCCAGCCAGCAGCUAUACGGAAACCAGCUUCCCAGGACAUCCCAACUAAGGCCGAACAGCAGCAAAUCCAGCCUGCCCCAGCUGUAACACAACCUUCUGUGGUUGUAGCCAAUCCAUCUCCAGCCAACACCUCUACGUCAACCCAAGUCCAUGUCAGCUGUUCAGAGCCGCCAACUGUGGGCCAGCUUGUCUCCAAGACACAUUCUGGAAGUUAUGAUGAAGAUGGCAUAAACCUAGAGGAAAUUCGCGAAUUUGCCAAGGAAUUUAAGAUUCGACGUUUAUCUUUGGGUCUGACGCAGACACAGGUGGGCCAGGCACUGACUGCCACAGAGGGACCAGCCUACAGCCAGUCUGCCAUCUGUAGGUUUGAGAAGUUAGAUAUAACACCAAAAAGUGCGCAGAAGUUGAAACCUGUUUUGGAGAAGUGGCUAAAUGAGGCAGAAAUGAGGAACCUAGAGGGUCAACAGAAUUUGAUGGAGUUUGUAGGCGGUGAGCCUUCAAAGAAGCGGAAACGACGUACUUCUUUCACCCCUCAGGCUGUAGAGGCCCUGAACACUUAUUUUGAGAAAAAUGCUCUGCCCACCGGGCAGGAAAUCACAGACAUUGCUAAGGAACUGAAUUAUGACCGUGAGGUGGUGAGGGUGUGGUUUUGUAACAGGCGCCAAACUCUGAAAAACACCAGCAAGCUCAAUAUCUUUCAGAUCCCUUAGAGGAAAGGAGACAGCCACUCUACCACCACCUAGUCCCCAGAACCUCGUCUCAUCUAUCAAUGGUCAUGCCCUGUGACAUUCAUCUGUGGAAGCACUUUGUGGCUGAAAUUCUGCUUUAUCCAUAUUAUGGCCUGCUGUUGCUUAUACCUAAUCCUUGCCUCAUGUUUUUAUAUGACGGAAGCCUAAUGGGGUAAAAGGUCAAUAGCCAUCUCAGCCGGAUCUCUCCAGUGGCUUUGUUACACACAUUUUGCAUACUCUGUGUUCAUGGAGCCAAAUAAGUUUCCCUCUAUGGUGGGAUGAAAAUAUUGGACUUCAUUAACAAUUAUUGGUUAUUAUUGUCAUCAGAAGUUCAGUUGUGAUUAUGUGGAGUGCCACAUUUAACUCUUGUGAUGUGUAUGUGCCCUGCAUUCUUAUGGACCAAUUCUAUGAAGAUGGCAAACAUUUUUUUUUAUACCAGAAAACUCCCUUUUAAUGUUUUACAUUGUAUUCAUAAAUUAAUUUGAUGGUU